AUGGGGCUCGCCAGCGGGGCAACUCCGACUUCCAGUCCAAACGCAAACAGCACCCACGACGGGGCGGACUACAUCAACCUCCCACCGGCCAUCGCGCGGACCCUCAGCUUCCGCUCCGUCUCCCGCACGCCCAGGAACAGCUCGCAGUUCCCGUUUCCAUACGUGGUGGAUGUGCAAGCCGGAAAUGUCUACCAGGAGUCGACCGCAACUGUUAAUCGGACGUCGUCUUUGGCUACGAUCAGGCAGUCCAUGGCCUACUUGCAGUCGUUUGAUGAUCCGCCUUUGACACCGGGCGGUGUGAAUUGGAUGCUGCAGCAACAGCAGCUUCAACUCCAGCAACAGCAACAGCAGCAGCAGCAACAGCAGCAGCAGCAGCCCGGGCAGGAUGGUUUUGUCGGUACGCCGGUUGUGGAGCUGCCAGGCCCAAUAUUCAAUCGAGGCUUCUCGCUGGCGGGCAUCGCCCCCAUCAGCACGCAAACCGCCGCGAAGCCCGAGGAGUCGCAGAACCCAACACUCAGCCGGGAGUCCUCACAGUCCUCUGGCAAAUCACCCGGUUCCAUGAACUCCAUCCCCGAACGGCCCGAACGGCCCCCAACGAACCGGCAGCCCUCGCAGGCAACAAUCACGCAGGCCUCCUUCAACGCCUCCGCAGCGACUCGGGACCACCCGCACCCCUCCCCACCGCCGCUGAUGCGGAAGGAGUCGCAGACCACGAUCAAGCUGCACCCGGUCCCCGAGGACGCCUACAGCCCAUCGAUCCCGUCGACCACCACCCCCGACGAACCGCACCUGCACUUCCCCCCGCCGUCGCCGCACGCACACAGAGCGCACCACCACCACCAGCACCACCACCACCAGCCGAAAUCCAGCAUCUACGACACCACGGGCAGCAGCUUCUCGUGGUCGACAGCCUCGCACGAGCCCGACCCGCGCUACGACCGGCUGCUGUUCGACUACCGCGUGAUCGCGCAGUCGAUGCACGCCUACCGGCACAUCUCCAUCUUCCGCCGCUUCGGGCGGCUGUCGAUGGCGAACCUGCUGUACUACCAGGACGAGCUGACGUGCAUUGAGCGUGCGCUGUCGCACGUGGACAUGGAGGAGACGCGGUGGGCGCAGACGGGCGUGAGCGAGAGCGAUAGCGAGAAGCAGGAGCUGCGCGAGACAAGGAUAAAGCUUAUGAAGAUGCUGCAGGACAAACUGAAGAGCUACUACGAAGCGCUCCUCCUGCAAGAGCAGAUCUUCACCUCCCUCGACCCCCCCCGCCCCAUCGACAGCCGGCUCCUAGCAGCACUCGAAGACCCCUCCUCCUCCCCCUCCGACUCCAACCCAUUCACGGGCGCGCCCAACAGCGACGACCUCAUCGCACUCGGCCUCGGCGGGCGCGACUCGCUCGAAAAGCUCGUCGGGCGCCUCGUGCCCGCGCUGUUCCCGCACCGCAACCCCAGCGUCGAAGACGUGCGCCACCGCAACCUCUCGCAGAAGGACAUGGCAUCGAUCCUGUCGCCGUUCACGCGGCGCAUCACGCGGCUGAUCAUUGCGCUGGCCACCACGGCGCUGAUGCUCGGCCCCAUGGUCAUCCUGCAGUUUGUCACCAGCGCGACGUGGAAGCUUGUGUGCAUCAGUCUGUUUACGGUUGUGCUGGCGCUGCUGGUCGCGCUGGCGACGAGGGGACGCGGAGAGGCCAUCGUCAUGGUCGUGGCCGCGUAUGCCGCGGUGUUGGUCGUGUUUGUGCAGGGGAAUCAGGGAUGUGGGGGGGUGGUGGCCACGAUUGGUGCUGGGGGUGCGGGGGCACCAAAGUCGCUGAUAUCUCUACAAAAUGAUAGCACUGAGCACAAGCUACUGGCACGGUUGGAGGCACCUCAAGAGUUAACACGGCCUACAAUAGGUACGAUAUGCACAGGAACAAGUCUCAUUGGCGCCACACAAGAAGUCUACAGCCACAUAAACUACGCCACAGAGGUCACGCGACAGUAA